CCAUCAUGUGUUUAUGUUUCUGUAUGUCUGUACCAUCAUGUGUUUAUGACUGUGUCUGCCUGUGUGUGCCUCUGAUGGGAACCAGGCCCAGAUGAAGUUCCCCCAGGACUACCCGUACUCGCCCCCCACGUUCAAGUUCCUCACCAAGAUGUGGCACCCCAACGUGUACGAGAAUGGAGACGUGUGCAUCUCCAUCCUGCACCCGCCUGUGGAUGACCCCCAGAGUGGGGAGCUGCCCUCGGAGCGGUGGAACCCCACGCAGAACGUCCGGACGAUCCUGCUGAGCGUGAUCUCGCUGCUGUCAGAGCCCAACACCUUCUCGCCAGCCAACGUGGACGCGUCGGUCAUGUACCGCCGCUGGCGCGACAGCCGGGCCAAGGACAAGGAGUACGAGAACAUCAUCCGCAUGCGGGUGCUGGCGACGCAGGCGGACGCGGACCGCGAUGGCGUGAAGGUGCCCACCACGCUCGCAGAGUACUGCGUGAAGCCGCGGGCGCCGCCCCCCCGAGACUCGACCUCCGACCUCCUCUACGACGACUUCUGCGACGACCUCGAUGAGGAGGAGGACGACGACGACAACGAGGACGGAUACUACGACGGCGGAGACAACAACGACUCUGGCAACGAGGAGUCCUGACGGCACGGCCCCGUCACCCGGCGACCUCUCCCCCCCCACCCCCCACUGCUCCCGCCUGCUCCUCUCUCUCUCUCUCUCAACGCAGGCCGCUCAAUUCCCACAAUCCCCCCCCCCCCCCCCCCCCCCGAUAUGCCGCCAAACCCGGGCCGACUGCGGCCAUUGUAAAAUACAUUGCGCGAUAACUCACAGUAAUGAUGGCUAACGAACGGCGGCAGCGGCAAAGAUGCAAAGGAGGCGAUGCGAGUGGUGGUGGCGCGGGCAGCGUGAUUCAGUAGGGUAGCUUUGCCCCCUCCUCAUAAGCUCUCCCCUCCGCCCCUCCCACCCUGAAACCCCCAAAUAAAUGACCUCAAAAAUCCCUUUUUAUAAUUUUUGCCAGCAACUCCAUCAGUCGUGACAACAGCAGUAGCAGCGAGGCACCGACAGCGCCCACAGUUGUUUUGCAGCAAAGGUUCUUCCCCCCCCCCCCCCCAUAUCCUGUGCGCAAUAUAAAUAAUAAAACAAACUUUUAAAGAGAGUAAGUUAGAAAUAAAAAUGUUAAGCUGACAAGGGCGUGUUUGUGAUGAGUGAACAGGCCAUCUCGGCCUCCGAGCGCCAGCGAACUGGCGUCGCGCGUGCGCACCCGACGAGACCGUGCCCGUCUCGUUUCAACACUUUUGGUUUUGCGUUUGAUAUUUUAUUUCGUGAAGUGCUUCUGUUCCCCACCGUAACGUUACCGUCUCCUGUCCUCGUUGCGUUUUUCGAGAUUGUGCUCGUUUAGUAAAGUUUUGCGUUUAAAUUCGUCUGUUACCUUCUCUUCCUCUCUCCAUUCCAUUUCUUGGGCCCUAAGUCAACGCUUUGGAGUGCGAGGGAGACCCAGGGGUAGAGGCCAGGGCGCGGGACGCCAAGGAGUGAGAAUCCGGUGACCUUUGGGUUGGUGGGGGCCACCGCGGGGACACGUGGCCUCGACCCCCCCUCCCGGAGUCGACCCCCGCGGUGCGAGUUGAGGCACUGUCGUGUGCUUCACAAAGCUCUGCGUGCCCCGCGCGGCUUGAGCCUCCCUCCCCUCAUUGGUCUUCCUAACCUACGCCGCAAACUCCGGGCCGCAUUAGAGUGACGGACUAGUGAGAGUGUUCAUGUACGUUUGACUCUGUUGGCACGCACACACACACGCACGCGCGCGUUUAUGCACGGGCACGUCUGUACCCGCCUCUGUCUUAGACCUGUGGCUGUAAAUAAAGGAUGUCGAUCCGCCCAGAGCUCCA